AUGGCAGGUGCUGCAGGAGAACAGUCGUUGCAAGAGUCGCCGAUGUGGGCGAUCGCCGUCGUGUGCGCGGCCUUCAUCGUCGUAUCGGUCUUCAUCGGACAGUGCAUCCAUUUUCUGGCCAAGUGGUUCCAAAAGAGCCAGAAGAAGGCCAUGAUGGAAGCCUUGGAGAAAAUCAAAGCCGAGCUUAUGCUGCUAGGCUUCAUGUCUCUAGUACUCACCGUGAGUAUAGGCGUCCUUUCAAAGAUAUGCAUCCCGGCUAGUUAUGGCAAAAUCAUGCUUCCGUGCAAGUUUGAUUAUGAGAACAAGGACGACGGCGACCAUCCUUACAAACAAGACGACAAUCACGACGGUGACCAUGAUCAUGACAAGAGAAAGCUUCUUUCCCUUGCCACAGACAUGAUGCAGCGCCGAUCUUUAGCGGCUUCCGCCCCGGACGAUUACUGCUCCAAGCACGGGAAGAUAUCGUUGAUCUCUCAGUCGGGGCUGCACCAGCUGCACAUCUUCAUCUUUGUCCUGGCCGUCUUUCACGUUCUCUACAGCGUCGUCACGAUGGCACUAGCAAGGGCCAAAAUGAAGAAGUGGAAGGCUUGGGAAGCAGAAAGCUUGUCUCUGGAAUAUCAAUAUACUCAUGAUCCGGAGAGAUUCCGAUUCACUCAUCAGACUUCUUUCGUGAGGCGUCACUCCGGCUACUCGAGAGUCCCCGGAAUUAUAUGGAUCGUUGCUUUCCAUAGGCAAUUUUUCGGAUCGGUAUCAAAGGUCGACUACUUGACAAUGCGCCAUGGCUUCAUCAAUGCCCAUUUGGCUCCUAAUAGCAAAUUCGAUUUUCACAAGUACAUCAAGAGGUCCAUGGAAGACGAUUUCAAGGCCGUCGUGGGAAUCAGCUUCCCGCUGUGGAUUUCUGCUAUUUUGUUCCUGCUGCUCAACGAAUACAAAUUGUACGCACUCACCUGGCUAUCUUUGGCUCCACUUCUCAUAAUUCUUUCGGUGGGCACAAAACUUCAAGUGAUUAUCAUGGAAAUGGCUCAAGGUAUCCAGGACAGGACCAGUGUAGUCAAAGGAGCUCCAGUUGUCGAGCCAAACGACAAGUUCUUCUGGUUCAAUCGGCCUCAGUGGGUUCUUCUCCUGAUCCAUUUCGCCUUGUUCCAGAACGCCUUCCAAAUGUCAUUUUUCCUAUGGACUUGGCGUGAGUUCGGGUGGAGAUCAUGCUUCCAUGAGAACGUUGGAGCUAGUUUGUGCAGGGUGCUUCUGGGGUUGGCACUUCUGUUCUUGUGCAGCUACAUCACUUUCCCUCUCUAUGCUCUAGUCACCCAAAUGGGGUCGCAUAUGAAGAAGGCAAUCUUCGAGGAGCAAAUGGCCAAGGCCCUAAAGAAUUGGCACAAGGAAGCUAAAGUGAGGAACAGGCAGCUCAAGAAGGCCGGGCUCGGAGGAGACAGCUCAUCCCCGUCGUCGCCAUCGUCGUCGCCACCAUCGACGACGGGCCACGCUACAUCAUCGCCAUUGCCCUUGCUCGACAAGCACCAGGCCGGUAAUGGCGAAAGCCUCCCCAUCUCGCCAAUGACCGAUCACCCAUCGUCUUCACCACCAAAUAAGGAUCGGCUCUCGAGUCCGCGGACGCAGAUGGACGAGCCCCACGAGACACACCCACCAAGCAAGCGCCAAUGCGGAGUCGCACAGCAUUGAGUUUUCCUUUUCGUCGAGCCCUAACAAUUAGAUCUCCUUCGUUCUCGAUCCGCA